ACGAUGGCAAAAACUUAUGUGAAACCCAAGGAAAUGGUGGAGCUGGUCAACACACCACCCUGGAUGGACAAAGGUCUGAGCUCUCAGAAUGAGAAGAAGGAGGAGGAAAGAAGAUCAGCUGCUUACGGGAUGCUUGGUAGCUUAGCUGAAGAGCAUGACAGUUUUGAGGAGGAAGAGGAGGAAGAGGAUGGGGAGAAGCCUAAGAGAAGAGGUCCCAAGAAAAAGAAGAUGACCAAAGCUCGACUUGAGAGAUUCAGGGCUCGAAGGGUCAAAGCCAAUGCCAGAGAAAGGACCCGGAUGCAUGGCCUGAAUGAUGCACUGGAUAACCUGAGAAGAGUUAUGCCAUGUUACUCUAAAACCCAAAAGCUUUCCAAGAUAGAGACUCUUAGACUUGCCAGAAACUAUAUUUGGGCUUUGUCUGAGGUCCUAGAGACUGGUCAGACACCUGAAGGGAAGGGCUUUGUGGAGAUGCUUUGUAAAGGGCUCUCUCAGCCCACAAGCAACCUAGUGGCUGGAUGCCUCCAGCUGAGUCCUCAGUCUGCCCUCUUGGAGAAGCAUGAGGAGAAAUCUCCUAUUUGUGACUCUGCCAUCUCUGUCCAGAACUUCAACUAUCAGUCUCCAGGACUCCCCAGUCCUCCUUAUGGUCAUAUGGAAACACAUCUCAUUCAUCUCAAACCUCCAGCAUUCAAGAGUUUGGGAGAGUCAUCCUUUGGAAGCCAUCCACCUGACUGUAGCACACCCCCUUAUGAGGGCCCACUCACUCCACCUCUGAGCAUAAGUGGGAACUUCUCCUUAAAACAAGAUGGAUCUCCUGACCUGGAGAAACCCUACAGCUUCAUGCCACAUUACCCCUCUGCACGUCUAAGCUCAGGGCAAGUUCAUUCAACUCCCUUUCAGGCUGCCACCCCCCGCUAUGAUGUUCCUAUAGAUAUGUCCUAUGAUUCCUACCCCCACCCUGGCAUUGGGACCCAACUCAAUACCAUCUUCAACGAUUAA